AUGAAGCUCGUCAGAUUUUUGAUGAAAUGCGCCAAUGAGACGGUGACAAUCGAGCUCAAGAAUGGAACCAUCGUACACGGCACAAUCACAUCCGUCUCCCCACAAAUGAACACAGCCCUGCGCAAUGUCAAGAUGACGCCCAAGGGCCAGGAGCCGGUCCAGCUUGACGCCAUGAACAUCAGGGGGUCCACGGUCCGGUACUACAUCCUGCCCGACUCCCUGCCGCUCGACACGCUGCUCAUCGACGACGCGCCAAAACCGAAGAACAAGGCCCGGAAGGAGGCCGACCGCGGGGCCGGAGGUGGUGGCAUGCGCGGUGGCCGCGGCGGCAGGGGCGGCGGUCGCGGAAGGGGCGGCGGCCGUGGUCGAGGCUUUGGACGAGGACGGUAA